CGAGGCGUCUUCCUUACACUGUACUAUGGAGAAGUUUAUCGAUACUUCGGUGAGUGGAAGCAGCAUGUGAAGGCGUGCCAUCGCGCGUUUUGCUUCAAAAAUAGUUUUUUUUUAACUGGAAAUUUUGUUCAUGUGAAUGAUUCACCUGAGCGCGGAACAGCUGCGAGGCGUAGCUACAGGGCGCUGAAACGUAUGGAAUGUGUUCGUCCUAACCUCGAAGACAACAGCCGAAAAAGUUGCUUCUGUAGACCUACGCUAGUGCUGGUGCGUACAUUAACGGACGAUCAUGGGAAGAAGACAGGCACCAUCGCAAGAGGACUUUACCUUUGUCAGCCCUAUUGUCAAGUACUUGCUUUUUAUUUUUAACAUGAUCUUUUGGCUGAUUUCGAUGGUGAUGGUGUCGAUCGGCAUAUACGCCAGGAUCGCGAAGCACGCAGAGACGGCGAUGUCGUACCUGACGGUGGACCCCGCCGUGCUGCUGAUGAUCGUCGGGGUGCUGAUGUUCCUCAUCACCUUCUGCGGGUGCGUCGGUUCCCUGAGGGAGAACAUCUGUCUCCUGCAGACGUUCUCCAUCUGCCUGACUGUGAUCUUCCUACUGCAGCUGGCUGCUGGCGUGCUCGGCUUCGUCUUCUCUGACAAGGCACGGGGCAAAGUGACUGACAUCAUCAACAACUCUAUUGUUCAUUACAGGGAUGACCUGGACUUACAGAAUCUCAUAGAUUUUGGUCAGAAAGAGUUCAGCUGCUGUGGAGGAGUCACCUUCAGGGACUGGUCCCAGAACAUGUACUUCAACUGCACCCCAGAUAACCCCAGCCGGGAACGCUGCUCUGUCCCGUACUCCUGCUGCCUGCUGUCCAAAGAAGAGGCCAUCAUAAACACCAUGUGUGGCCAUGGGAUGCAGGACCUGGAAGAUGUCCAGGCCGACGCUUUCAUAAACACCAGCGGCUGCAUAGACAAGCUGGUCAACUGGAUCCAUGGCAAUCUGUUCCUGCUGGGAGGCAUCGCACUGGGUCUCGCCAUCCCUCAGCUGGUGGGAAUUCUGCUGUCGCAGAUUCUGAUCAAUCAGAUCAAAGACCAGAUCGAGCUGCAGAACUACAACCUCCAGCACCGCUCGGACCCUUGGUACUGAUCCAACAGAGUCCGAGCUCGCUGCCAGAGACUGCAGCACCUGCAGCCGUGAGCGUCGGACACCUGGGACACCUGGGACACCUGGACUCACGCCAGACUGGCACACCUGAAGAGGUGGUUUUACAUUUGAAGACAUUUGAAUGACUCGACCGUCAAGCUCCUGUUGGAUCAGGAGGGGGUCACAGUCAUAUCUGCAGGCUCCCUAAGCACAGAGCUCUGGAGGACCUGACUGUUGUCAGGAGCUGAGCUUCCUACUGAACACAACCUGCAUGUCAAUUUUCUGCACUUCAACGCUGGAAACCUCUUGAAUUUUACACUGGGAAAAUAUUUACCGCACUUCAGUGUAAGACACUGUGUCAUUAACAAGUAACGCAUCACAAUUAGGAAAAGACAUAUCUUUGCCCUUUGCUCCAUUUUAACAUCAUUAGUAGGUCAUUUGUCAUAUUUUUCUUUAAUAGGAAAAGAUACCACUAACUGCCCAGAUCACUUGAGGAGAAAGGGGAUAUGACAUGCCAUACUUCCCCUUAAGCAUACGACGGCCUGGGUGCACAUCUGACAGAAAAAAACUGCUGCUUUUUUGGCCGGUGUUUUCCACACAGCAAAUCUGAUGUGACUCAGAUCAGCUUAAAGAGAGAAGUGUAAUUUGCGUUUUUACUGACAGAAUUUAAAAUGGAUCAGAUCUUUUAAUCCCGCAUGCACAUGCAGUUUGUGACUGGUUCUGCGUCACUUACCAUCCUGGCCCUGCCCUUGCCUUACAAGAUGCCACAUGCCCGCUCAAUACAACAUUGUUCACUUAAUUUGUGCUUACCUGUAGUAAUAUAUAUUAAGGGAUUGCUCCUAGCACUAAUAUCUACAGUUCCUGUUACAGGUUAUA